AUGGGCGUGGUGGUGGAGUUGUGGCUCCGGAUUAUGGGCAACAUGGUCGUGCUAGGUCAGCAAUAUUUAGUUGGUAGGCCGAGCAGGGAGCUUCUUCGUCUGCCUCCUGAUGCAUCCAACACUCUUUGUGUUGAAGGGCUUCCUUCUAAAAGGAAUGGAGAUCCUAUUGUUCUCUGUUUUGUUGAUUUUGAAAGUCCUGCAUGUGCUGCAACUGCUCGUACCGCCCUGCAAGGAUGUCGAAUGAACGAAGAUGAACCUGAUUCCAAGAUUUUGCAGAUCCAGUUUUCCAGAAAACCAGGUCCAAGACCAGGGCAACGCGGAGGGAGUCGGUGA